UCUUCUCGCUACGCACUCGAUAUUCUAGUGAACGUAUUCAGAAAAUCUAGGAUGAAAACUUGGGUGAUUAUAAUAGGUGUGCUGGCUGUUAAAACGGUGGCGGUAUAUGGUUUCAAAGCUGAAAUCGUGCAAAAGUACAACGAGGACACCAAGAAAUGCACCGAAGAAAUAGGCGGAUCGUUGACUGAGUACCGUCCUGACAUAUUAUAUUGUGUGACGGUCAGGGAUGGAGAGGUCCUCAAUGAUAAAUAUGAAUAUAAGAAGGAGAAAACUUUAGAGAGACUUGGAGACCUGAUCUCCGAUUCGGACAAAUUAAAACAAGCUCGUAUGAUUUACAGCAAGUGCUACGACAAUGUUGUUCAAACUGGAAUCACGGGUAAACAGCAGACGUUGAAAAUUAUCACGUGCCUUGAGCCAAUGAUGCCUCUCCUCCAAUAACCACAGUAAAAGCGUAAUGCAAAUUCUCACCUGAAUGUCAUGUACAAAACACUAUAUGAAUAUUUUUUUCGAGAUAUUAUGUAUAACAUAGCCUAUAUAUCAUUUCAUCCUUUUCUGUUCAUUUCUAUAUAUGCAAUAUUCAAGUUUCUUAUCUGCCUGUUAAAGUAAACUGAAAUGAUAAAUUGCCAAAUAAUAAA